AUGGCUCAUUUGCCCGAGAUACGAACUAAUGUGGCGCGUCCGUUUUUGAAAGUCGGGGUAGAUUAUGCCGGACCCUUGCCAGUGCGCGCCUUCGCCGGACGUGGUCAUCAAUCCCGUAAGGCCUAUAUAGCCCUUUUCGUGUGCUUGAUAACCCGUGCCGUGCACAUAGAACUCGUUACCGAUCUGUCUUCCGCAGCAUUCAUCGCCGCCUUUCGACGAUUUUGUUCACGCCGCGGUAUUCCUGCGAUUGUAUUAAGCGAUAACGGAACCAAUUUCCGUGGCGCGCAGACGGAAUUAUACCGUAUUUUUCACGCUAGUAUGUGCGAUGGUGCCGUCGAAUCAUCUAUGGCCUCGUUAGGCAUAGAAUGGCGCUUUAUUCCAGCCUCCGCUCCACACUUUGGCGGGAUUUGGGAAGCUGGAGUAAAGUCGGUCAAGCACCACUUAAAGCGUAUAGUUGGCGUACAUACGCUAACCAUUGCCGAAUUAGAGACACUGUUGUGUCAAAUAGAGGCCUGCCUAAAUUCGCGACCGAUCGCUGGACUCUCGAAUUCCCCAGACGAUCUAUCGUAUUUGACUCCCGGUCACUUCUUGACCGGCGCUCCACUUCUUGCGUUGCCUGAUGCUUCGCUACUAGAUCGUCCGGAAUCGAGAUUGACGAGAUAUCAACUCGUUCAGCGGAUGCGAGACCGAUUUUGGCAGGUUUGGCGCUUGGAUUUUCUUAACUCUCUGCAGAAGCGCAAUAAAUGGCACAAUCAGCGCGCAAAUUUAAACGUGGGUGAUAUUGUCAUCAUUAAGGAUGACAAUGCUCCACCCUCUAGAUGGGAAUUAGGGCGUAUAACACAGUGCUUCCCGAGUGAAGAUGGGUUGAUCCGCGUUUGCGAGGUGAGGACUGCUACCUCUACCUUUCGACGACCGAUCCACAAAUUGUGUCUCCUUCCGAUCGCUGAUCGAGACGAAAAGGAUCACAAUCUGUAG